GUUCCUCCAUACCAAAGCGACGAGAGACCUGGGAGUCAGUCGGCGAAGUGGUGGCGCAGCGAUCCUGUGAACCUCCUCUGUGAGAGUGCAUAUAUAUAUUUACAACACGCAAUCCUGCUCAGGCUCGCUUCAGCCGGAGGCCAAUGAUUCCUCAAAUAUCCCGGUAAUGCAACUGUCUGUGUUGCCGUCCCACCACCAUCAUGUCUAGCAAGACAAUAAAGGCCCAGCCGCAUGAGAAGCGCAAGGGCGAGUCGGUAUGAUGCGCGAAAGAGGUGUGAUUUAACGAAUCAAACAUCUCACAUUCGCAUAGGCGCUUAGCGACUUUGCCGAGUACGUCGAGCAGCAGCAGAAUCUCCGCUUUCCGGCGUCAAGACGAACAGCCGCCGCGGAUGCGACGGCCAGCGCCGAUGCUGGAGAACACCACGAAGAGCUGGACGAGCUCUUUGACAACCUAGACCUCGCCGACACCGCCCCGAGGAUACCGCUUAGGGACCUGCUCCUGGCCAUCGACGACGACGAUGGCGCGCACAAGAGGUUGCGGGACCUGGUGGCGGAGCGGAUAGACGAGGGCAUGGGCGAGACCGUCUUCGAAAUCGGAUACGAGAACAACGGAGACAGCAUGCAGCUCUCCGUGGACGAGUGGAACAGGGCAUACGCGAGAUUGAUGGCCGCCGCGAAGGGGGCCGGCGCCGACUGCGAGCUCCUCCUGACCAAGAACGUGGGUGGCGAGGUCGAGGCGGCGAGCACGGCCGCCAAGACGAGCAAAGACACGGCGUGCAGCGGCAAGAUUCUCAUACGGAGAGUGCCGGCGACGGUGGAGGAUGUGAUUGAGACGAGGAUAGCGGUCGUCGGAAACGUGGAUGCCGGGAAGAGUUCCAUGUUGGGCGUUCUCGUCAAGGGAGACCUGGACGACGGAAGAGGCAAGGCCCGCGUCAACCUGUUCAGGCACAAGCACGAGAUGGAGACUGGACGAACCAGCUCUGUUGGGAUGGAAAUCAUGGGCUUUGACAGCGUGGGGCGCGUCAUCACGUCCGACACGCCCGGCCGUAACCCCAGGCAAGCUCUCGUGGGAAGACAUUGGAAAGCGCAGCGCCAAGGUCAUCACCUUCACCGACCUGGCAGGCCACGAAAAGUACCUGCGCACCACCGUCUUCGGCCUCUUGUCCAGCAGCCCCAACUACUGCCUGCUCAUGGUCGCCGCCAACAAUGGGCUGGUGGGGAUGAGCAAGGAGCACCUGGGCAUCGCCCUUGCCCUCAACGUGCCCGUCAUGGUGGUGGUGACCAAGAUCGACAUAUGCCCGCCCAACAUCCUCGAGGAGACCAUCACGCAAAUCACCAAGAUCAUGCGGAGCCCCGGCGCGCGCAAGGUGCCGACCUUUAUCAAGAACCGCGAGGAGUGCAUCAACACGGCGACGCAGUUUGUCAGCCACAGGAUAUGCCCCGUGUUCCAGGUGUCCAACGUGACGGGCGAGAACCUCGACCUGGUGCGGACCUUUCUCAACAUCCUUCCACACCACGGGCGCUACAACUCGGACGCGCCCUUCGAGUUCCACAUCAACGACACCUUCUCGGUGCCCUUUACCGGCACCGUGGUGUCGGGCAUCGUCAAGUCGGGCGUCGCGCACGAGGGGGAUAACAUCCUCAUCGGGCCCGACUCGCUGGGCCAGUUCAUCCCCACCGCCAUCCGCUCCAUUGAGCGCAAGAGGAUACGAGUGCCCGCGGCUUCGGCGGGACAGUCGGCCUCGUUUGCGCUGAAGAAGGUGAAGCGCAAAGACGUUCGGAAGGGCAUGGUUGUGCUGCCCAAGCUCGAGGGCCAGCCGGCGCCCAAGGUGCAUAGGGAGUUUAUCGCCGAAGGUCGGUGCUACCCUACCGCUUUUUCGUCCCUCCCUCCCGCCGCCCCCGCUGCUGCUGCCCGCGAUGUGGUGAAACUGACCCCAAUUCUGCGCCGCAGUGCUCAUCCUCUCCCACGCGACGACCAUCAAGAACAAGUACCAGGCGAUGCUCCACGUCGGGCCCGUGUCGCAGACGUGCGCCAUCAUCGACAUUGACCGGGAGCUCAUCCGCACCGGCGACCGCGCCACCGUCGCCUUCCGCUUCGUGCAGCGCCCCGAGUAUCUCGCUCCCGGGGACCGGCUGCUCUUCCGGGAGGGGCGGACCAAGGGGCUCGGCAUCGUCAAGGCCGUGGGGUACGACCCCAAGCAUCCGCUCAUGGGCAGGGCCGCCAACGGCGCCGCGGAGGAGGAGGAGGGCGGUGCCAAAGGCGGCGAUCAGCCACAGGGGGGCAAGGAAGCCGCAGCCGGCUCAUAACGUGAUUUUCAUGCCAUGGACGGGGGAUUUGAUGAUUUGAGAAAGUGGUUGUUGGAUGUUGCGCGAGAGCUCACGAUACCAGGGACGAUGGAGGGUUCGCAUCGCAAGGCGACUGCGGCAACCCGUACCCCCCCGGCGGCCGUACGAUUAGGUUUGUCUCUUAUCUGGUGGAGCUUCGUCCUCCCUUGACAUGCAUUUGCAGCGCUUGUUUCCCUCUUUUUUUUUUUUUUUUUUGGUUGCAGAAAGAGAUAUAUGGGCAUCACCAUCUAUGACAGGCGGGGGGAAGGCCAUGAUGCUUUAUUUUUCGACAUCUAUGAAUGAAAACCAUUGUACCCAAAGAGAGAGAGCGUGUCAUGCAUGGACGUCGCUUGCUCCUGUGUACCUACCUUAACCAGCCCCUUCUCUGGGCCAGCCGGAUCACGGCGCCGCCGCCGCAAUGCAAGGCAUCCAUCUCCUCGCCGCUCUCCACUCCAACAACUUCUUAUUUACUGAUGCCUUUCCCCCUCGCCUCGCCUUUUUUGCCCCCAUUUGAGGAUAGAUGGAUGGAUUGGUGGACGGACGGAUAGAUAGAACGCACGCGCAAUUCGAAACCGC